UACAGCAUGUUUAGGAUCCAUUGAACCAUCGAGUACAUUAAUAAUACUUCUCCUACUACCGUAUUCCUUUGACUGUUGACAUUUGUAUUGCAUCUUCUUCUUCUUUUGCUUUUACUUUUGGUUUUCCUUUUCAUAAAUACAAAAUCUGCUUCUUUUUCGAGCCAAGAGAAUAAUAAUUACUCAAAAGAAGAAGAUGUCAGCAGGUAAGAAGAAGGCGUUGGCUGUUGAAGAUGUGAUCAACUCCAUUGGAUUAGGUUACGAUCUCACUAACGAUCUCAGACUCAAAUCAUGCAAACAUGACUUCAAAUUGAUCACUAUUGACCACGACAACCUUCGUACUGUCGAACUUCCCGGUCGUGUUUCAAUCCCUAAUGUCCCCAAAUCCAUUAAAUGCGAUAAAGGAGACCGUAUGAGAUUGUGUUCUGAUGUUAUUUCUUUUCAGCAGAUGUCAGAGCAGUUCAACCAGGAGCUGUCACUGACUGGUAAGAUUCCAACGGGUCAUUUCAAUGCCGCGUUUCAGUUUUCGGGAGUUUGGCAAAGAGAUGCUGCAAAUACCAAGAGUCUUGCUUUUGAUGGUGUAUCGAUCACGCUCUACGACAUAGCACUUGAGAAAACACAAAUAGUUCUGAGUGAUCAUGUCAAACAAGCUGUUCCUUCGUCGUGGGAUCCCGCUGCAUUGGCAAGGUUCAUCAAUAAAUAUGGAACCCAUGCUGUAGUUGGGAUCAAAAUAGGGGGAACCGAUAUAAUUUAUGCAAAGCAACAGUACUCCUCUCCUCUCCAACCUUCUGAUGUACAGAAAAAACUGAAGGACUUGGCAGACGAAUUAUUCAUGGGCCAGGCUGGACAAAAUAUCACUAAUGAUGCGGCAUUUAAUGCGAAAGAAAAGUUUAUGAUGGACAAUGGACUAGGAUUCCUGGACAUUCAAGCUCAUUCCUACCGUGAAUCAGAGGUGCAGGAUAUCAAGUUUAUGUACAAGAGGAAAGGUGGAAAUGGGAAAAAAUAUCUGAGCCAUAAUGAAUGGUGCCAAACUGUCUUGUCUCAACCUGAUGUGAUAUCAAUGUCAUUCAUACCAAUUACAUCUCUACUUGGUGGAAUAAAUGGGAGUGGAUAUUUAACACAUGCCAUAAAUCUCUAUUUACGAUAUAAACCAGCAAUUGAAGAACUGCAUCAAUUUUUGGAGUUCCAGCUUCCAAGGCAAUGGGCCCCUGUAUUUGGUGAGCUUGCCCUUGGUCCUGAAAGGAAGGCGCAGAGUUCUUCAUCUUUACAGUUCAGUUUCAUGGGUCCUAAGCUCUACGUAAACACAACACCGGUCGUUGUACGAAUGAAGCCUGUGACAGGCCUUCGACUGUAUUUGGAAGGAAAGAAAAGUAAUUGUUUGGCAAUCCAUUUACAGCACCUCUCCUCCCUGCCCAAGACAUUCCAACUUGAGGAUGAGCCUAAUGGGAAUGUAUCCGAUGCCUCUUCAGAACGUAAAUACUAUGAAAAGGUUCAGUGGAAGAGUUUUUCUCAUAUUUGUACGGCUCCUGUUGAAUCCGAUGACGAAAAUGCUGUUGUGGCUGGGGCACACUUCGAAGUCGGGGAAACCGGUCUGAAGAAAGUUCUCUUCCUACGACUUCAUUUCUGUAAAGUUGCCAAUGCAACCCCUGUGAAAGCGCCUCAAUGGGAUGGUUCUCCAGGCUUGGCCCAGAAAUCCGGAAUAAUCUCAACUUUGAUCAGCACUCGCUUUUCAGGUCCACAAAAACCACCACCACCACAACCAUCCGACGUAAAUGUCAACUCUGCAUUAUACCCUGGAGGACCUCCCGUGCCUGCUCAGUCACCUAAACUUCUGAGGUUUGUUGACACAACCGAAAUGACAAGAGGACCGCAAGAUUUGCCUGGAUUCUGGAUUGUGUCUGGUGCAAGGCUUUAUGUAGAGAAGGGUAAAAUAUCACUCAAAGUAAAAUAUUCUCUUUUAACCGUGAUUUUACCGGAUGAAGAUACGACAAGUUAUUGAAAAUAUCAAAUGUGGCAGAGUUGGAAGAUGAAUCUCAUCAGAAAAGUAGUUCAAUGAGAUGUGCAUGUGUACAUAGUAGUGUCUGAUUCUUUUUUGUUGUUGUACAUUUGCUCUAUUCAUUAUAUAGGUUACUAUUUGAUGUUGCCAUUAUCUGUGUAUAAUUACACAACAGACUUUUUGGGGGAAUUCCUUGAUGUAGUUUUGAGAGAAGCUUGUGUGAUGAUCAAUCAUUGCCCCUUAAGUCUUUUUGUCUGUAUUUUCUUAAUGUAGUAGUUCUGUGUGUUACUGGCUUCUUCCAUGCAGAUAAUGAAAAAUUGCAUUCAUUUGAUACUUUGGACA